ACUCAGACAACUCUCAAACAAAUCAAGAUCGAUGAUAGAAGAAAAAAUUUCAGAUUCAAUAAACCUCGAUUUAAUAAUAAAUUCCACCCAUAUUGUAGGCCUUCGACAAACAGCAAACCAAAUCAAUUCGAUUAUUUGUGACUGCCUACCUUGCAGUGACAAAAAUCUUGACAUAAUCAUAUCGAAACCUGUAGAUCGUUAUAAUAACCAAAUAAUUGAUAAUUACAAUGAUCCACUAAAAUUUAAACACUAUACAAAUCUUCCUGACCUCCUUACAUUACAAGAAGGCACACGAAUAAUGUACCUAAACAAUAAAUUAUUUGAACAUGGAAUAUGCAACAGAACAAUCAGAAUAAUAACAAAACUAAUAAAUGAAGAAAAUAUUGAAAUUACUUUUCCAGUGAAUGACAACAUAACAAAGAUCAGCGUUGAAAAAACAACAUCACACUUUACCAUUAAUGGAAUCCUCGCAUCAAAAGAACAAUAUCCAAUACAAAAUGCUUUCGCUCUGACUGUUCACAAAACACAAGGCCUCACAUUACCUCAGACAACUCUAACAAUAGACGAAGACAUGUUUGCAGAUAGACAAGUAUAUGUAGCGAUGAGUAGAGCCCUUCCUGGAAAUCAAUAA